AUGGCGUCAUGUACCGGGCUGGACUUCUGCUUCCGCGUCGUAUUUAUUAGUAACGUAAAAUACAAAGUGAAAAUGUCGACUAAGUCGAGUAAAAAGUCAACGGCAUCAUCGGCCGCGGCGUCGUCGAGUAUAAACAUGUCGAACGUUCAAUCACCGCAGCCGAGCACGUCAACGCCGAUCGGUCGGCGUCCAGGAAGUCCUCUCUCUCCAACCAGGUACUCUCGCCUCCAGGAGAAGCACGAUCUCCAAAAUUUGAAUGAUCGUCUCGCUUGUUACAUCGAAAAAGUCCGACAUUUAGAGACCGAAAAUUCUCGGCUCACCAGAGAAGUCCAGACCAAGGAGGAGGUUGUCACUCGCGAGGUCUCUAAUAUUAAGUCUAUGUAUGAGCAUGAAUUAUCAGAUGCUAGGAAGCUUCUCGAUGAGACCGCUAAGGAACGUGCGAAAUUGGAAAUCGAUACCAAG